UGUCGACAGGCCAGUAGAGCAAGAAUAUCGAAAGAGUUUAGUUCACCUAUUCCCGGCGCUCAACCUGCCAAUAGUGGAGACAGCAAAAUGGUGUUAUGUCACAUUCGUGCUACUUUGCAGCUUGGCCAUCUGGCCAAUGCUGCCGUUCGGUCACAUUACGGAUAUCAGUGCAGUAGGUUCCUUAGUACCAGCAGUUUGCUGUUGAAAGAGAGGUUAUACACUGAUAAACAUGAAUGGGUCUCGGUCGAGGGUGAAGUCGGAACCGUCGGAAUUUCGAACUUUGCUCAGGAAGCCCUUGGUGACGUAGUAUUCGUGCAGCUUCCGGAAGUUGGUACCAAAUUGUCGCAGAAGGAAGAAUGCGGCGCCCUGGAGAGUGUGAAAGCUGCCAGUGAGGUUUACUCGCCCGUUUCCGGUGUGGUCACAGACAAAAAUAAGGACCUCGAGGAUAAGCCCGCACUAGUGAACUCUUCCUGUUAUGAGAAUGGUUGGCUGUUCAAACUGAAACUUUCCAAGCCAGAAGAACUGUCAAAACUGAUGAAUGAAAAGCAGUAUAGUGAAUUUCUGAAAAACGAUGACCACUAAAUACUGCGUCUGGAGCCAUCCGUGGCAGCACGUAAACGGUUGAAGAUAACCUGCUGCUACCACCGAGUUUGCAGCUAAAAUCAAUCGAAACCAUCUUGUGAAUAGUUGCUUUAUCAGAUAAGUCUUGUGUAAAUCGAAUGUUUGUAAUUUAUAAAGUAAAUAUGUUUUUUCAUA